CCUUUCUUACGCAAUACAAAAUAAUGCUAGCUUUGAUAUGCUAUGUUUAGAAGAAUGACAUGAAUGAGCAUAUUUCAGAUGCAAUCUUUUAGAAAAUGGCCCUCAAACUUUAUUAAUUUAUAUGGUCCACAAUUAAAUUUUUAUUAGACUAUUAGUUUUAACUUUUUUGUGAAUCAACAAUAUGAUAUUAUUCGAUUUUCUUUUAAAAAUUAGAUCUUUGACUGGAGAAAAAUAAAAAGGUUUGCUAUUGAAUUGUGCCACGCAACUGACACUUCACCUUUCAACUGCUGAGGAGCCAUACCUUUGAUCUAUCAGCUUCUCAGCUUGAAUAAUCUUUGGUUUUGAGGGCUAUAAUGGUGGAACUUCCCAAUUGAUUUACCUUUCUUCAUGAAACUCAGGGUUUCAGCUUAUAGAGAAGCUGCAAUUUCAAUGGGAGAACUUAAUGGUGCAGAAUACAUAGAGGUUCCAUCUCCUAGAGCAAAUAAUGCUAAGAAAGUUUCACUCUUGCCUCUAAUUUUCCUCAUUUUCUAUGAGGUUUCUGGUGGUCCUUUUGGUGUUGAGGACACUGUUCAUGCAGCUGGUCCUCUUUUUGCUCUUCUUGGAUUCUUGAUUUUCCCUUUAAUAUGGAGUGUUCCUGAGGCACUCAUUACUGCUGAAAUGGGCACUAUGUUCCCUGAAAAUGGUGGUUAUGUUGUGUGGGUUUCUUCCGCUUUAGGUCCAUAUUGGGGCUUUCAGCAAGGUUGGAUGAAAUGGCUGAGUGGAGUCAUUGACAACGCACUUUACCCCGUUAUGUUCUUAGAUUACCUAAAAUCAGCUAUCCCUGCAUUAGGUGGUGGGCUUCCUAGGAUUCUAGCUGUUUUGGCUCUUACUCUGGUUCUCACUUACAUGAACUACAGAGGUUUAACCAUUGUAGGAUGGGUUGCUGUUUCGCUUGGUAUUUUGUCGAUCCUUCCUUUUGUCGUUAUGGGGCUCAUUUCGAUUCCCAAAUUAAAGCCUGCUAGAUGGCUAGUGGCAGAUGUACACAGUAUUGAUUGGAACUUGUAUCUGAAUACUCUCUUCUGGAAUCUGAAUUAUUGGGAUUCAAUAAGUACUCUUGCCGGAGAAGUACAUAACCCGAAAAAGACUCUACCUAAAGCUUUGUUUUAUGCUGUUAUUUUAGUUGUUCUGUCCUACUUUUUCCCCUUGUUGAUUGGUACUGGUGCUGUUCCCCUUGACCGUGACUCGUGGACAGAUGGAUAUUUCUCAGAUAUAGCUAAAAUACUUGGUGGAGUUUGGCUUAGAUGUUGGGUUCAAGGGGCUGCUGCAGUAUCAAAUAUGGGGAUGUUUAUGGCUGAGAUGAGUAGUGACUCUUUUCAGUUACUUGGUAUGGCAGAGAGGGGAAUGCUCCCUGAGUUUUUCGCAAAAAGAUCUCGUCACGGAACUCCUUUAAUUGGGAUUCUCUUCUCAGCUUCUGGUGUGAUUUUACUUUCGUGGCUGAGCUUUCAGGAAAUAGUAGCUGCAGAAAAUUUCUUGUAUUGCUUUGGAAUGAUCUUGGAAUUUAUAGCAUUUGUAUGGUUAAGGAUUAAGUACCCCAAUGCAACACGCCCUUUCAAGAUACCAGGUGGAACCAUUGGAGCCGUCCUGUUGUGCAUACCUCCGGCCAUUCUCAUUGGUGUUGUGUUGGCCUUCUCUUCGAUUAAAGUUAUGGUUGUAAGCCUGGUCGCUGUUGCAAUUGGGUUGGUGUUGCAACCAUGUCUUAAGUUUAUUGAGAAGAAAAGAUGGUUGAAGUUCUCCAUUAGUUCUGAUCUUCCUGAUAUCACGUCACAUGGACCUUUACUUCAUUGAUUCUCUAAGGAGUUCUGGCUUUAUAAAGUCUAACUAUUCCACUUACAUAGAAGCUAUGGCAACUAAGUUGAGUGCAGAGUUAUCGUGGAGUGCAUGGAGAAAAGGCAGCCAGCAGAAGUGUUGUCGAGGUUUGGAUGAUCAUUUUCUCUUCAACGAUAUUUAUGAUAGCUUAUAUUGGUGUAGCUGUAUUUGCCAUGUCCCCAUGCCUAUGUGCUAAGUAGCUAUGGUUUCAAGAGAAACACCAGCAGAGGUGGUUCAACAAAGGUGGUUGGAUGAUCCCUUUCUCUGUAAGGUUGAGAUUGUUGAAGAUGUGUUGCUAGAAAUGAUAGUGAUUCAGGAUAUUGCAGAUGGUGAGUGGUUUUUCCUGAAUUCAUUAUGUUACUUGUGUAAAGCAUAGUGUGCGCUAUUAAUUGUAGAGGUGUAAAUGAAGCCCGACUCUGCUAAUGUAUGUUUGAACUCAGGAUGUUUAUUAAACACGUCUUGAUUCCACUGUCAAGCUUGAUUAUUAAACACGUUAAGCUUCAAUCUA